AUGUCCACUCAAAAACAACAUCACAACAGCAAAUCAACCAACGAUCAAGAUUUUGAAGCCUAUUUAAAGGCUCAGAAGCAUCAUUACGAACAACAAGAUAAACUCUUAGAUAUCGCGUUCAAUAAAGUUCAGAAUAUCAAAAGCAUUGCUAUUGAUAUCGGAAAAGAGCUUGACAGCCAUAAAGAAAUGUUGGAUGAUAUGGAUGAGGAGGUUCAAAAGCAAAAGCAAAAACUAAAAACCAUGAAUAGAAAGUUAGAUAAAUUGAAUGGUGAAUCAUCAAGCACGGCACCUACUUCUAGUAGCUCCGGAGUGUUUUCUUUUUGGAAAUGGUUUUGGUAA